AUGGUGUUCGAAGCGUUCUACAAGACGUUCAUGUCGCGCUCCAGCGUCUACGUGGGUGUCGUCAUCGCGGGUGCUCUCGUCGGCGAGAAGGUCGUGAACAACGGUUUCGACGCGCUCUGGGAGUCCCGCAACAAGGGCAAGCUGUACAAGGACAUCGUGGGCAACUUCCCCCCGAUGGAGGAGGAGUAA